AUGUGGUGUAUCAUCUUCUUAUUUGUAAUUCAAUAUGUCAACUCCCUUCAUCCAUUAAUGAAACAAAAUUUAACGAAAGAAGACGUUUUAAAAUAUAGAACCAGUGAGUAUUCUCCAAAACAAUUUAAUGGAACAUUACUAACUUAUAUUACUCCAUGGAAUUUGUAUGGACUUAAUUUGCUUGAAAAAAAUAAACAUAAAAUUGAUAUUGUUUCACCAGUUCUUUUUACUAUUCAAAGUUAUAAUGGAAAAAAUGAAAUCAUUGGAGAAGACGAAUUGCAAAUUGUUGGAUAUCCCCGAUAUACAUUUAACAGUAUUACAGGUGACCUUAAAAAUGUUGGAAAAUUAAUCAAAGAACAUUGUAUAAAACAUUCAUCAAUUUGUAAUGGAAUAAUGAUUGAUGGUAUAUAUACAUUAUAUCGGUAUUAUAAAAAUGAAAUGGGGAAACAAUUAGUGUCAAUGUUUGAAGAAUUAAAAAAUUUUAAAAUUGUUAUAGCAAUUCCACCGAUGUCUAUUUUCACUGAAUAUGAAAUAGAAUUAACAAAAAAAUAUGUUGAACUAUACGUAGUCAUGACAUAUGAUUAUUUUUAUAGAGGAGGAAUUUAUAAUUCACCACUAUCUUUUAUUGACUCUUCAAUGAAAUACAUCAAAGCUAAAGGACCACAAUUUGCUAUUGGAAUUAAUUUUUAUGGUUAUGCCCAUUGUAAAAAUAAACAGCCAGUUGUUGUCGACAGAAAAACAUAUUAUGAUUGGGUUAAAUUAUCAACUGGACCAUUUAAAUGGAAUGAACCUGAAAAAGAACAUAUAUUCACCGUCCAAGAUUGUAUGAUUGAUUACCCAACAUUAGAAUAUAUUAAAGUAAGAAUAAAUUAUGCAAUAAAAAAUAACUUUAGUAUUGGUAUUUGGGAAUUAGGACAAGGUUUAGAUUACUUCAUGGAUAUUUUUUAA